AUGGAGAACGCCACGUGGUCGGCCAACGCCACCUCAGUGUGCAAACUCCAAGCGGACUUCCAGUAUUCCCUCUUCACCAUCAUCUACAGCACCGUCUUUGUCCUGGGCCUCCUCGAAAACGGAGCCGCGUUGUACCUGCUGACCUACAACGUUCUCAAGACCCCUCAGUCCUCCACCUUCCUGGUGAACUUAGCCGUGGUGGACAUCCUCUUUGCGUGCAUCUUGCCGUUCAAAAUCCACUACCAUUUCAACCACAACAACUGGGUCUUUGGGGACGCGGCUUGCCGGGUCACAGGAUGCAUGUACUUCCUCAACAUCUACCUCAGCAUCGCCUUCUUCACUUGCAUCUGCGUCGACCGCUACGUGGCCGUCUUGUACCCCUUCGCCUACAUCCGGAUCAAGAGUCCGCACUACCGGACGGUGGCUGUGGUCCUCUGGGUGGUUGCUUUGAGCGUCGCCGGCCCGCUGGUCCUCGGAGGACCUCUCCACUCCACCGAGAACAAGGCCACCCUGUGUUUUGAGAACUUCGGGACCUCCAACUGGAUCGGACGCAUGGUGCCCUACAACGUCUGCGCCCUGGUCUUCGGCUUCGCUAUCCCUUUCGCCAUCAUUUUGGUCAGCUACCCAUUGAUCGCCAAUCGGAUCGCUCACAUCCCUCGCAUCGCGCACAAGAGGAAGGCCUUGGUCACCAUCUACCUCAUCCUCUUGAUCUGCGUCACCUGCUUCCUUCCCUACCACCUCACCCACUUGCUGCACUUCCUGAUGCGGGCCGGGGUGAUCCAGGACUGCGCCUUCGCCGCGUUCAUUUACAAGAUGCGCAGGGUCACGUUGGCGCUGGUCAGUUUCAACUGCUGCCUGAACCCCGUUUUGUACUACUUCACUUUGGCCGCCCAAAAGUGGCGCUGGCCCAUUUGCUUCCGGAAGAGGAAGACCCUGGUCUACACCAUCUGCGGAGGUGGCCAAGGUGGUGAGUGUACUGCCGAACUGAGAGAAAUAACUGCAUUACGGCAGGGGCAGAGUAAGUGA